GCUGCCUGAGGUGGGGCUCGAACCCACACCUCCAGGUUAGCAGUCAAGCACUACAUCCACUGUACCAUUGCCACCCGUUUAGAAUUACUUUUACCAUAAGAGCAAGUACGUGCGACCCCAGUCGUGCAUUUUAUUUUUUUAAUUUCUUCUACUUCAUCUGUUUAUUCAUUUAUCUUAAAAACCUUAUCUUGAAUUCGUUUAUUUAAUCUGCAUGGCGUAGGUACAAUGAAAAUAUAUUGCGUUUAAGUCGAGGGGGAUAUGACUAUGACUAGUAUUGAACAGAUGUAUGGUAGCUUUUUGAAAAUUAAAUUCAAGGCUUGAAUAGUUUUGUGUCUUAUCAGUGUGCACCAUAUAGUUCCAAAUAGUUUCGGUAGUAGAAAGUAUCGAAUGAUGCUAAAUUAUAAUCUCUCGUUGGUCUGAUUUCGGUGUGAGAUCAAUUUGGUGGUUCAUUGAGCGUGUUAUAAUGUAUUUUGUUUGUCUAGUCUACAAAUUCUAGUCUAGUGCAAAUUCAGUGGUUAGCCAAAUGGCUAACCCAACUGUCAGUUGAGACGUGCGUCAGUGGUUUUCAUAUGAAAUUAAUCAGUUGGAUCGUAAUAUAGAACAAAAUGUUGAUUUCACGAAAAUUUUUCUUCUACUGAAGCUCUCAUCUGGAAAUGUGGAUCAUAACAGACAGUAACAAAAUUAAAAUGUGCUUCGUUUGACUAAAAAACAAACUUGUGAUAAGACUUGAGAAGCAGAUUUCUAAAAUCACCAACGAAUAAAUAAAACAUAUAUAUUAUAUAGAAAUACACAUAUAGAUAUAAUCAAAAUAAAGAGAUUUUUGUUUUAUAAACAAAAACAAAUUAUAAAUAAUAUAUAAAAUAUACAAAAUGGGCAAGCAAAAUAGCAAAUUAAAGCCAGAGGUGCUCGAAGACUUAAAACAAAAUACAGAAUUCACUGAUGCUGAAAUUCAAGAAUGGUAUAAGGGCUUCUUAAAAGACUGCCCGAGUGGCCAUUUGUCAGUGGAAGAAUUCAAAAAAAUAUACGGCAAUUUCUUCCCGUAUGGUGAUGCUAGCAAAUUUGCGGAACAUGUAUUUCGAACUUUUGAUGCUAAUGGAGAUGGUACUAUUGACUUCCGUGAAUUUUUGUGUGCAUUAAGUGUUACAUCGAGAGGUAAGCUGGAGCAAAAACUCAAAUGGGCAUUCUCGAUGUAUGAUUUAGAUGGCAAUGGCUACAUAUCGCGUCAAGAAAUGCUCGAAAUCGUAACAGCAAUUUAUAAAAUGGUUGGAUCAGUUAUGAAAAUGCCCGAAGACGAAAGCACCCCGGAGAAACGAACUGAUAAAAUAUUUCGUCAAAUGGAUCGAAACAAAGAUGGUAAACUCAGUCUUGAGGAAUUUAUCGAAGGAGCAAAAAGUGAUCCAUCUAUCGUACGACUAUUACAGUGCGAUCCGCAAGCACAGUGAAAUUGUAUAGUUUUUUCUUUCUUAGAACUUUCAUUUCGAAUUAAAUAUUUAUUGGCUU